AUGGUUUCAGAGCAUCUUCACCACCGUGCUCACCACACUCACGAUCAUCCAGUCAUUCAACCAUCUCCUGCGUUGAGUCCAAACUCCAACAGACUCUGCUAUCGUUCGUACCGUCUCGCCCGCCAGACCCGUCUGCCCCCCGGCCUUCACCGAGUACCUCGCCUGCACCGUGUGCCCCGUGUGUCCCGCCUGACAAGCAUGCAGUGGAUGCAGCGAAGAGCUCGCCAGGCUCGUCUCUCACGCCUCCGUGGAAGGGGUGUGAACUCCUCGCAGACUGGUUUUACCAUGCGCCCCCUCUCGAGACGACGACUCGCGCCCCGACUUGCCCGUGCUCAUGUCCCGGGGUCGUCAAACCCGUCACUGGCGAUGACCCGACUAGAAGCUCCCGAGAAUAUCGUGGAGUGGCCAUGGCAGUAUUUCUCACGGGCUCGCCGCUGGGACAGCCCGAGUGAGGAGCGGCACCAGUCGCCACAGAACGUGGGCGACGGUGAGAUGGAUAGUGAGGCCGAUACAAUCAUCUGUCCGGUCCUCAACCCGCAGUUUACUCCAGAUCGGCGAGCGAGUCGAGCCUUCCGCACGACCAACUCUGGAGGCCAGGACUUUGUGAUCUACCGGGACCCGGUAGAAUGGCCUGUCCCCAGAUCUGGCUCAGCCAGUCAAGAAGAUAUCCUGGAGGAGCUAAUGAACUGGGAUGAGGAUCAGGAGAAUCAGCCCCCUGUAGACCACGAAGAUGAGGAGAGUGAGGGGUAA